UUAUAAAACGUCACAAAGCUAUAUUUAAUUGUUAUUAUACGUUAUAAUUAAGAAUAAGACGGUAUUUAUCGUUUAAAUUUGAAAGAAGUAACGCCAUUAGUAUAUUUGUGGCACGAGCGGUAUCGCGGUCAAUCCCGUUCGAUCAACAUGGACGUCCGAGGCGAGCGUUGUUAGGAUGUCAGGCGCAAUGUGAUUUCUUUGAUCGGCAGGUGUUUAAGGCGCUUAGAAGCGCAAAAAUUUCGAUGGGAAAAGAACAAGAACUCAUUGAAGCAGCCAGAAGUGGUAAUAUAUUGGUAGUUGAGAGAAUAUUGAGCCAAAGAGCCAAGAAAACAGGACCUUUAGCGAGCUUACGUCGCGGGCCAGGUGCUAAUGCUCAAGACCAGUCUGGUUAUACGUCAUUACAUCACGCAGCGCUCAACGGGCAUAAAGAAAUUGUGUCAUUAUUAUUGCAAUAUGAGGCAUCUACCAACGUCGUUGAUCACAAAGGUUCUACGCCCCUACACUUAGCUGCUUGGACAGGAAAUACUGAAAUUGUGAAGAUCUUACUGGAGCAGGGACCAUCUGUGCCCAAUGUUAAUUUAGCUAAUCACGAUCAAGAAACUCCACUGCAUUCAGCCGCCCAAUACGGACACACUGAAGUUGUAGCACUUCUGUUAAAGCACAACAGUAAUCCAAGUGUCCGGAAUAUAAAAGAAGAGUCUCCAUUAGAUUUAGCUGCUCAGUAUGGUCGGCUGGAAACCGUGGAGUUGUUGGUAAAUCGUCAUCCGCAUCUAAUACAAGACAGAGUAAAAAAACAUUCGCCACUUCAUCUGGCAUCCAGGAAUGGCCAUAAACAAGUUGUUAAAGUGCUUUUAGAUGCCGGAUUUGAAGUUAAUUAUUUGACUAAUAGUGGUACUUCGUUACACGAGGCAGCUCUUUAUGGGAAAGUAGAAGUUGUAAAACUCCUUCUUGACGCAGGUAUUGAUACAAGCCUUCAGGACGGACUUAAAAGAACUGUUUAUGAUUUAUUAAAAGAUUUAAACACUAAUAUUGCUAGGCAAACAUAUAAAAUUAUAAAAGGACAUGUUACUCCUGAAGAUGAAGGUACUGAAGUAUCAAGCAACUUGUCAUCUCCUCAUGGGUUUCUUCCCAGUCCCUACGGUAGUAGUGGAUCUUAUGGUACUUCUCCCCCUAGGAUGACUAGGUCUCCAUUAUCUGAAAUAAAUCACAUUGAUGGCCCUAUUCAUCAGUAUAAAUUAUCUAUGUCCAAUAAAAGAUCAUCCGCGGGAAGUGGUAAUGAUGCUCAUCAGACAAGCCCUGUCCUCUUAUCGAAAUCUCUUGAUAGCACUUUAGACAAAGCAUCUACUGGUAGCUGCACCCCUUCAGGCUCGAUGAACUCUCCUAUCCAAGCGCCACAUGCUUUCCGUGACGUAACAGUGACAUCAUCGGAUACCGUUACUUCACUUUCUCCAUCGACCAUGACUAGUAGUGAGUUUUCUGAUAUAUUUCGUUUGCGAUGGUUAUCUACAUUUUUCAAAUUUUUUUUAUUUCUUUUGUUAGGACAUGUUACUCCUGAAGAUGAAGGUACUGAAGUAUCAAGCAACUUGUCAUCUCCUCAUGGGUUUCUUCCCAGUCCCUACGGUAGUAGUGGAUCUUAUGGUACUUCUCCCCCUAGGAUGACUAGGUCUCCAUUAUCUGAAAUAAAUCACAUUGAUGGCCCUAUUCAUCAGUAUAAAUUAUCUAUGUCCAAUAAAAGAUCAUCCGCGGGAAGUGGUAAUGAUGCUCAUCAGACAAGCCCUGUCCUCUUAUCGAAAUCUCUUGAUAGCACUUUAGACAAAGCAUCUACUGGUAGCUGCACCCCUUCAGGCUCGAUGAACUCUCCUAUCCAAGCGCCACAUGCUUUCCGUGACCCGCCGGCCAAGCCACCUAGACGCUCUAUAGCCCCAGUAUCUCCAAUAGACAAGUCGCUGCCCACACGACUAUCGGGUUACAGUUGCGAACUGUUAUUAGGAGAUCAUGGGCCAAACAGCGGACGCACAUCGCCGAGGCCUUUAUCAGACGGUCAUCACGAAUCCGACAACGAAGCUGAGCCAAAGAAGAGGAAAGGCAGCUUAGAUAACAAGAAUGGGAAGAUAACGGAGAGUUCGCCUUUCAGUGCUCUUUACGAUGACAUCGCUAGUGGAAGAGUGACGUCAUUUAGUAGUUCUUUCUUCCGUUACCAUAACUCCCCCGCAGUUUUGUCACGUGGUAGACAAUCAGUCUCCAGCUGCGAAGAUGAACGUCCCAACAAACCUAAUAGUUUAGAUUUUAGGAGUAAAAGAGCGACGGUACAGAUACCAUUGAGCCCUACUCAUUAUCAACAACCUCCGACGCCCGAUUUCCCUCCCCCUUCACCCUCUACAGCAGCAGGUGGAAUACACGAAAAAAUACGCCCUCUAAGUCAGGACGAUUUACGUUUAGCAGUUUACCUGGAUAGUCAGGUUAAUUUCUUAAAAGAAGUAAACGGGACGGAGUACAAGAGGAAACGUCUGUCACGUGACAUCGAGACCCUGACGGAAGAGGAGUUGUUCGCCACCGUCGAUCCUUCCGGCAACGUGCGAGUGUCAUUACGCAAGGAAAAUAAGUCCGUGUCUACAGAUACUAUCGAAGAAAUUAUGGAGGACGACCCGUUCGCAGGUUUAUGUCGAGGCUCCGUCUGUCCCUUGGAUGGUCGUACAGAUGACAGACAUCCAACAAAGAGGCCGAUGAAUUUAUUCCAAGACGGUGAUGUUGGCACCAAAUUGAAGACGAUGACUGACGGAGGGACGUCUGAUCAAAGGAGCAGCUUAUCACUUCUUAGCCCUUUCGAUGAGAAUGCCGAAUGGGCCGAAAUAGCCGAUAUUAUGGCCUCUUUUGGAAGUGGAAUCGCUAGAGAGUCGGUCUUUGCAAGAGAAAUCGAAGAGCAGUUCACCAAGACAUUUAUUAGUUCAGAAUCCAUAAACCCUAGUUAUAUGCAUUAUCACACCAAUGGUCAUUGUGCUCGAACAGGUUUAUGUCGAGGCUCCGUCUGUCCCUUGGAUGGUCGUACAGAUGACAGACAUCCAACAAAGAGGCCGAUGAAUUUAUUCCAAGACGGUGAUGUUGGCACCAAAUUGAAGACGAUGACUGACGGAGGGACGUCUGAUCAAAGGAGCAGCUUAUCACUUCUUAGCCCUUUCGAUGAGAAUGCCGAAUGGGCCGAAAUAGCCGAUAUUAUGGCCUCUUUUGGAAGUGGAAUCGCUAGAGAGUCGGUCUUUGCAAGAGAAAUCGAAGAGCAGUUCACCAAGACAUUUAUUAGUUCAGAUAACAGGAAAAAAGCGGGCAAUGCCAGAGGAUUUAGUACAGUCAGAGAGUGGUUAGAAAGUUUAGAUAUGGCAGAAUAUGAAAAUUUAUUGAUGGAAAAUGGCUUCGACGAUGUCGACUUUCUGGGAAGUACGACUCUGGACGAUAGAGAUCUUAUAGAAAUCGGAGUUCUAGCGGAAAAUCACAGGCAGAAGAUUCUUAAUUCUGCUAAAGACUUUCCAAAUCUUCUCCCUAUCGGUAGAGGAGAAGGCAAAGCUGGAAUACCAAACUCGAUAGAACAGUGGCUAAGGUCUUUAAAUUUGGAAAGUUAUGUGAACGUAUUUGCGGAGAAUGAAUUCACAGAAUUGGAUAAAUUAACCACAUUGACGAACGAAGAUCUGCUUUUGGUAAGGUUUUUACUAACGAAGCAUUUUGAUGAUUUAGAAGAUUUAAAUUUAUUAAAAAUGAACUCUCUUAACUUGUACAAGGAACGUAACGACAAUAAGGCAUCAUCGGGAGAAGCCACCUCUGUAGAAAACCAACAGUCGAUAAUGGAAAUAGAUACUAAAGACUUAAAAAUUCGUCCACCAACGCAGUUAAUGGGUGAUCCAACAACAGUAGGGUUGAGGUCACCACAGCAAUUGUUCCAAGACAUACCUUCCUUGUUUGCAACACAGUGGAGACAUCAACCAGAAGUGUUAAUUCGAGGUUCUUGUAAUUAUAGUGCGCAGUACUUAGGAUCCACUUUAGUAAAAGAAUUGAAAGGAAUGGAGUCAACUCUCAGGUCAAUACAGAAACUAAAAGCUUCAUCUAGAGAUAUUGGAAAAGUUCCAAACGUUAUUCUUUCGAUAUCGCAUUCAGGAGUAAAAUUUAUAGAUGGAAGAACAAAGCAAUUAGUGUGCGAACACGAAAUCAGAAACAUCCACUGCGCAUGUCAAGAUACCGACGAUCUUAAUCAUUUCGCAUACAUUACCAAGGAGCACCAAACAACAAAUCAUUACUGCCAUGUUUUUCGAGCUCAAAAUACGGACGUAGCAACGGAGAUUAUUUUGACGCUGGGGCAAGCAUUCGAAGUGGCUUAUCAGUUAGCGCUGAAGGAAAACUCAACUAAAACUGCAUCAAAAUUCGUCCACUUCUUGAACAAGUCAGACGACCAGAAAAUCGAGGAAAAGAAGAAAUAUGUCAGUCACAUCACCGUGCAGCUAGUACAGAAAACCGAAAAGGAUGGCGAUUCCGAAGAUAAACAGUCUUCGUGACUUUUCAUGAAUUGUUUAGUCUCGAUUUUCGAUUUUCGCUGAAAUUUUGAAAAAUAGAAAUGGAUCGGUAGCUUCGCGCGUCAAAAAUAAGAAAAAAAAUCAACAUAAAAAAAAAGAGCGGAUAAAAAUAUUUAUAAAUUAUUAUUAUUAUUAUUUUAUUUGUUUUCCCAAUUAGUGAUUGUUUUACGAGAUAAAUUUUAAUGUUAAUUAUAUUGGAAAGCGUGUUAAAGCUUUCGAAUAUUUCCAUGAAAGUUGAAGCUUCAAGUAAAA